AUGUCCACCGGCACGCCCCUCAAAAACACUCUGCUAUCAUUCCCAACAGCUUCUACUCUCCUCAUAACUAUCAACAGGCCGUCAUCCCUCAACUGCCUCGAUACAUUCACGCACAAUGAACUCGAUCGCGUCUUUCGAUGGUUUGACGCCGAGCCGGGUCUUCGAUGUGCCAUCUUAACAGGCGUCGGACGGAGUUUUUGUGCGGGCGCAGAUCUAAAAGAAUGGGAUUCGAAUAAUUCGUUAUCAACUUCCGCCUCCAGUCAAGCCCGCUCAUUACCCACAUCCGGUUUUGGAGGAUUGAGUCGGAGAGGCGGAAAGAAACCUAUAAUAUGUGCUGUGAAUGGAAUUUGUUUUGGAGGUGGUUGUGAGAUGAUUAUAAAUGCGGAUAUGGUGAUUGCAGAAUCUCAUGCGGUGUUUGCGCUACCGGAAGUCAAAAUUGGAGUCGUGGCUCUGGCCGGGGCUUUGACUAGGUUAGUGAGGACGGUAGGGAAACAAAGAGCAAUGGAGAUGGCAUUGACGGGAAGGACGCUUGGAGCAGAAGAAGCCAUGGAAUGGGGAUUGGUUAAUAGGGUGGUGGGAACGGGGAAGAGUGUUGAGGAAGCUAUCAAAAUGGCGGAGCUGAUAGCAGCAAAUAGUCCGGAUAGUGUUAUUGUGAGUAGAGAAGGUAUCAAGAUGGGCUGGGAAGGAGUUGGUGCCGAAGAAGGAACGAGAUUGAUAGAACAGAAUUGGUACAGUAGGAUGGAUAAGGGACCGAACAUGAAGGAGGGAGUGAGGAGUUUUGUUGAGAAGAGGAAACCGAAUUGGGUACCUAGUAAAUUGUGA